AUGGCGCAGGCCGUGCAGCCGGACAGAGCGUGGCAGUGGAACAGGCAGGGGGUGACACUGGACAGGCAGAGGGCGACACCGGACAGCGGGUGGCACCAAGAAGGGGGUGACACAGGACAGGGCGUUGCACCGGAGGGCGGCCCCGCCCCGGCCCGGUCCCGGCAGUCGCCCGGUUGUCGGCCAUGGCGUCGCCACGUCGCGGCGGCUGCAAAGACGAAGGCCGGUGAUCACCGCCUCAAGAGCGUCCUGCUCACCUACACCUUCAUCUUCUGGGUGUCGGGCAUUGUGCUGCUGGCCGUGGGCGUCUGGGGCAGGGUGAGCCUGGCCGUCUACUUCUCCCUGCUGGACGAGAAGGCCACCAACGUCCCCUUCGUCCUGGUGGGCGCCGGCACCGUCGUUGUCCUCCUGGGCACCUUUGGCUGCUUUGCCACCUGCCGCGGCAGCACCUGGAUGCUCAAGCUGUAUGCCAUGCUCCUGUCCCUCAUCUUCCUCAUCGUCCUGGUGGCCGCUGUCGUGGGUUUUGUCUUCAGGCACGAGAUUAAGACAAACUUUGAAAGUAACCUGAACCUGGCCUUGAAGGACUACAACGUGACUGCAGAUCGGCACAGCGAGGCCGUCGACACCAUCCAGAGGACGCUGCAGUGCUGUGGAGUGCAGAACUACUCGGACUGGGAGAGGACUGAAUACUUCAGCCAGAAGGGCAUCCCCCAGAGCUGUUGCAAGAGGCCAAACGACUGCUCAGAGGAAGAUCUGAAAGACCCAAACAAGGCCAAGCUGAAAGUGUUUGUGGAUGGUUGUUUUUUCCUGGUAAUGUCAACUAUGGAGUCCAAAAUGAGCAUUGUGGCUGGAAUCUCCUUUGGCAUCGCAUGUUUCCAGUUGAUUGGCAUCAUUCUCGCCUGCUGCCUGUCCCGGUACAUCACGAACAAUCAGUAUGAGAUGGUGUAGCUGGCCCCCAGCACGCUGUGCCUGUGGCUGGGGAAUGCUCUCCAUGGCUGGGGAGGAUACCUCCACCUUCAGUUUUCCUCUGGAUGCCACAUUGUGAAAUCUUGCUUUGAACUGACUGAUCUUCUUCUCGACUAGCUCAUAGAAACGAGUGCACCAGCUGUCCUGGUGUGCUCAGGGACUUGUCCUGACACUACUCUGCUGUGCCACCGCCUGGGAUAAUUAGUGUAGCUGUGGUGGUUACAGCCAGCACGUUCCUCCGGGCACUGCAGCUCUUUCCUUGGCAGUGCAGAGUGCUGUGCCAUGUUGAACCAACCCUGCUGGUGGCCUCGUGGGACUCACAGUGCUCAUCUUCAGUGCCUCCAUUGGGAAAGCGAUGCUUCCCCUCCCCUCUGGCAGCCCCUUUGAGAUCCCCUCCCCUCAACAGAUGAGGCUGUUGCCCUAUUAAAACACAGGUUUUAAGCCUUGACUCAGCCAGGUCUUGGCUUGUUGCCAAGCUCUCUCUCAUCCCUACCCUGGGUUUUAUAUAUUUUUUUAUAGUUGUACUUCUUGAAGUACAGGCUGUAGUGAUUCUUUGUAAGCUGUAGUGAGAUUUGGUGAUGUAGCUCCUGGUGCCUUUACCUUGGUAGGUGUCCUUGCACCGAGUCAGCUGUGACUUGACUGUCAGUAUUAUAUGCUGCUUCAACUCAUUUUAUGUAUUGAGUAGAACUCUUUUGUCCUGAGACACAAUAAAUAUUAAGAUAUUUUACUCUAUGAAA